AUGAACAGCAGCAGCUGUAACAGUUCAUUUCAAAGAGACCUGUUACCUCCCAUCUACGGUGUGGAGACGUGUGUGGCACUGGCGGGGAACAUACUGGCACUGUGGCUGCUUGUGAAUAAGGAGAGAAAGAACUGGAAUAUGGGAGUGGUGUUCUCCUGCAACCUGAUCAUCAGCGACAUCUUUUACGCCCUCAGCCUCCCUCUUUUCAUCGUCUACUAUUCCAAAGGAUUGAAGUGGGAUUUUGGUGAAGCUGUUUGCAGAAUAGAGCGCUUUCUUUUCACCUGCAACCUCUAUGUGAGCAUUUACUUCAUCAUGUGCAUCAGUGUCACUCGAUACAUGGCCAUCGUUCAUCCCUUCUUUACUCUUGAUCACAUUUGCUUAAAACAUGCCAAGAUCAUCAGUGUGUUCAUCUGGAUCUCUGUGGCAAGCGUUUCAUCUCCAGUCCUCUACUAUUCUGGCAUCAAGAAUGAAAGAUGCUCCUUAUUUACAGAUCCAAACCAGAAAUCUAAAAAGGUUAUCUUCAGGGUGAUUCUGGCUGUUAUGGGUUGUUUGGUUCCAUGUGUAGUUACUUUUGCAUCAUAUUUCAGUGUAAUAUGGGUGGUUUUUAAAAAUGCAAAUAUCACUUCACUGGAGAAAAAAAAAGUGUCUCUGAUUGUGGGCUUCGUCUGCGCCCUGUGCACUGUGUCUUUUGUGCCCUAUCACAUUAUGCAAAUAUGGUACUUUAAAGCGAAGGAGGAAAAUAAGACUAAUUAUUACGUGUGUAACGGAUACCCAGCGUCAAAGGCCCUAGCCUGCCUGAACAUGUGCCUUCAUCCCAUCUUGCACAUGGCUGUGUUUGACAGAAUCACAUGCUUUAGAAGGAGCCCGAAUGAAUUUUUAUGA